AAAUUAAUUACCCCAAGCUAAUCGUCAUGACGCCAAAUAUACAAUUAAUAAAAUUAUAAAUGUAACAUAAUACAAAAUGCAUUUUAAAUGAAUGUGCUAUGUAAGCAACCCUCUUUUAGAUAAGCAUUUCAGAAUGUCGAAAUGUAUGUAUUUGCAUUUCUUCAGUUAUAAACCAGUCCCAAAUUGCACCCUAACCCUUGAACAUAAAACGUGUGUCAUAUAAUAGGUGAUGAUAGUUUAAUGAGUUAAUUGACUUGACACUCAUUUGCUGAAAAUCUGUACUAAACACGAAAACUACUUAGGCAUUUCCACUAAACUUUUUUUAUUAGUUUUGCAACCAAACAAAGCUCAUAACGUUUACUUCGGCAAACAAGCUUGCUAUUUAAGGCUAAGUUAUUGUUUUAAUACUUAUCAUAAUCGUAGGUCUUCAGUUGGAGAACUGGUAGCAGAGCAACCUAGCAGGUACAUCUCCAUCUCUUUGCUAUCAAUAAUCUAAUUUAGAUUCUACUACCUCGUCUAUUUAACAGUGACUUUAUGACCUUCUCUGUCCUCCCACCCUUUCUAAUAGCUUCUCAUCUAUCCACGUUUUUUUAAUAUCUUCCUAUUACAUCACAUUCCCAAAUACUUCUACCUUUUUCUAUUAUGCAAGGCACACCGUCCAUGUUCCACGUCCACACGCAGAGUCGUGCUUCAAUUAUAGAAAUAUAUUUCUACACUACCAAUAUUAUCACACUCGUUGAUAACCACGUAAAUAACUAAUUAAUAAUAAAAAUACAUCAAGAACAACUUAAGCCACUAGUUUAAAAACAAACAGUGCGAAUCCGGGAAACUCGUAGAAAUGAUGAUCAGCUUCAAAUUAACGAGUCAAAUAAAACAAUAUGCUGCUGCAGCUUGUGUUGGAAGUGUAUAUACGGGCAUGUCAUACACUUGGUCGUCGCCUGUUAUUCCUCAGUUGGAACACGGUGAUGGACCUUUCACUAUAACAACAGAAGAAGCUUCCUGGAUAGGUUCAAUUAUAGCUUUUGGUGCUGGUCUCUUAGCAGUACCAUCUGGUUAUUUAGCGGACCGCUUUGGUAGAAAAAGGUGCACGUUAAUUCUGACAUUACCAAUCAUUAUUUUUAUCAUACUCGUCUACGUGGGAAAUAACGUUUAUUAUAUCUAUGCUGGAAGAAUUUUUUCUGGAUUCGCAACGGGUGGAUUAUCAGCAGUGGCUCCGGUUUACUUGACAGAAAUUGCAGAAGUAAAAGUGAGGGCUCCUUUGAACAGCUUCUUUCAAGCAUUGAUUUACUGUGGAAGCUUUUGUAACGCGGUUUUUGGAAAGUAUUUGGACUACAAAUCGUUCACGCUCAUCUCAAACGCCCUGGGGAUAAUUCUGAUAUUUGGAUUCGUUUUUUUCCCUGAAAGCCCGACAUUUCUUAUGAUGAAAAAUGACAGGACAGGAGCUGAGAAUGCUCUGAAAUUUUACAGAGAUGAUCACACCAACAUCAAAGUAGAACUGGACGCUAUAUCAAAAGAACUGGAGAUGAAGGCAAAAGUAAAGGUUAAAUUUUGGAGUAUUUGGAGUUCCAAAGUUGCCAAACGAAGUCUUCUAGCAUGUCUUGGAAUCAUCUUCUUCCAAAUUUGUACUGGAAUUGACGUUUUGCUCCAUUAUUCCGUGUCCAUCUUCGAAAUAGCUGGCUCAAACAUGGAUCCAUACACUAGCUCAAUUGUGGUGGCUUCAGCCCAAGUUCUUUCCACUUUUUUGGCAGUCAACAUUAUUGAAAAGUUUAAGAGAAAGACAUUCAUUUACAUAUCAGCUGCUGGUACAGGUAUCAUGAUGAUAUUGUUGGGGAUGUUUUUCCAUCUCAAAGGUCUUGGCAUUGACUCGGCCUUUCUUAAUUUCAUACCAUUACUAUCAACUGUUCUCUUUUUCGUGUUCUUUUUUGUUGGACUCGGCCCGUUACCAUGGCUGGUGGUUGGAGAACUGCUACCAGUGGAAAUCAAGGGACCAGCAAGCGGUCUCACAAUCUUAUUUGGAUAUCUUGCAACGUUUUUUUUCUCAAAAACUUUCCCAUUAAUGAUAAAAAUGUUCGAGCCUCAGUAUACUUUCUACACGUAUGCUAUAUCCAUGGUACUAUGUAUAAUAUUUACGAAAUUUUGUAUCCCAGAAACAAAAGGAAAAACGCUUCAAGAAAUUCAAGAGAAACUAGACAGUUUAUAAUUUCAUAUUCUUCUCUGUAACUUUUCUGCGUUCGAGAAAAUCAAAACAAAGCUACGAGUUAUCUCCUAAAUCAUGCAUAGCAAUUUAUACUAAAACUUCAGUAGUUAUUGAAAUAAUACAGCCAUCUACUGCUUAAAAGGUAAAACAGAGCAAUUGAAUUGUACGACAUAUUACGCUAUAGAAGAAAACUGUAGGUGGUAACUUCCAUUUUACAUCACCCCUCUUCAUCCUCGUUAUACUUUUGCGAUUAUUUUUCAAUAAACAA